AUGCGUUGGACCCCGGUGCUGCUCGCCGCCCUCGCUGGGCUGGAGGCAGCUCAUGCUCACGGAAACGAGCCGCACAUGAACAUGGUGCUGCCGCGCCUCAGGAACAAGGAGGAGUUGCGGCAGAGGCGCGCGGCAUUCGAGCCCUGGAACCCUCCGACUGCAGCUAACAAGCCUCGCGAUGACCGCAAGAACCGCUUGACGCCUCGUCAAACUGCUAUCCUCGAAGGAGAUAACGAUCAGUGUGGAGGCACCUUUGGAAAGUGUGCCGCGGGCUUCUGCUGUUCGGCUGCCGGAUGGUGCGGACAGGGAGCGGAGUAUUGCAGUUCGCCUGACUGUCAGAUCAACUACGGCCCAGCCUGUGAUGGUAACCAGAAGCCCAGCGGCACGGAUACGUCCAACGACGCGAGACCUAAAAAGGGCAGCAUACCCUACGGUGGCGUUGGCAUCUAUAGUUGCGAGAAGGACGGUGAUGUUGCCAUCACCUACGAUGAUGGGCCUUAUCUCUACACUGCGGCUAUGCUGGACGCCUUCAAGGCGCAUAGCGCUGUCGCUACCUUUUUCAUUACCGGCAACAAUCUCGGCAAGGGUAUGAUUAAUGUGGCGUACCGCGAUGUUAUCAAGUCCCAGCGCAUGGUUGCCGAGGGCCACCAAGUUGCCAGCCACACGUGGUCGCACGAGAACCUCGACCAGAUGACUUUGGCGCAGCGCAAGAACCAGAUGGUCUACAACGAGAUUGCCUUCAAGGACAUUCUCGGCUUCUACCCUACUUACAUGCGUCCGCCAUACUCCAUUUGCGGGGCUGAGUGCCAGCAGCAGAUGGCAGACCUUGGAUACCACAUCACCUACUUCGACCUCGACACCCAGGGCUACCUUCACACCGACCCCAGCCAGAUCCAGGUCAGCUUGAAUCUUUGGGAUGCGGCCAUGAUCGCCCGCACGCCUUGCAACGGCAGCUACCUGCACAUUGAGCACGACAUCCACCAGCAGGUCGCCACGACCUUCACCAACCACAUGCUCGACUCCGUCGUUGCCAACGGCUGGAAGGCCGUCACCGUCGGCGAGUGCUUGGGCGACCCUCCCGAGAACUGGUACCGCGGCAGCGUCCCGAGCUACACCUACAAAGCAAGUGCCGUCAGCCCCAGGGCCUGCACCAGCACGCGCACGACGUCCUCCAAGACCUCGGCCGCUUCCACUUCCGCAGCGCCCACAUCCACCGCCCUGUCCAUCUCCCUCGACGCAAAGUGUGGCGCCGCCGCCGGCAAGACGUGCCAGGGCUCGACCUUUGGCAACUGUUGUUCCAAGAACGGGUGGUGUGGCAGCGGUGCCACCUACUGCGGUACGGGCUGCCAGUCCACGUACGGCUCAUGUGGGAGCCAGUCUUCGUCGAGCGGAGUGAGCUCAGGUAGGACCUCUUCAUCUUCGUCGUCUAGCCGUAGCGGCACUUCCUCCUCUCCCAUCUCGCAGACCAGCGCUUUUUCGUCUUCCAUACGAUCAAGCACUGGCUCCAGCGCCAAUUCGCGUAGCAGCACCAGCUCGCGCAACAGUGUCACUAUCGACUCCAACAGCUCCUCCACACGCUCUUCUUCUUCUUCGUCGUCGUCUAACACGGGCUCCUCAGGCACUUCUUCUUCUCGAACUAGUACGAGGUCGUCGUCCACUUCUGGUACUAGCUCGAGGUCCUCAUCCGCUUCUCUGACUGGUGCGGGGUCCUCUUCCACUGUUGGUACUAGUACGAGGUCUACAUCCAGCUCGGCUGCAGUUUCCGCUGCCGGCUCUAGCACGGGGUCUGCUGCCAGCUCUGCUGCGUCUUCCUCCUCUACUCUGCCCGUCUCCACUGAUGGCACAUGCGGUGCUAGCAACGGAAGACAGUGUUUCGGUUCUUCCGCUGGCAACUGCUGCUCCCAGUACGGUUGGUGUGGUAGCACAACUGAGCACUGCGGCACCGGAUGCCAGUCUGCCUACGGUACCUGCAACUCCGGGUCCAACCCCAGCUCUUCCGCAGCCCCCGCCUCUUCCGGAACCCCCGCCUCCUCCGGCGGUGCAACCCGCGCCAGCUCCACCAACCCCGCGGCCGCUACCAACACCAAGAUCUCGACCAACGGACAGUGCGGCGGCACGGGUGGCUUGAACUGCCUGGGCUCCACCUUUGGCGACUGCUGCUCGCCCUACAACUACUGCGGUAACACUACCGACCACUGCGGCACGGGCUGCCAGAGCAACUUUGGCAGCUGCUCCGGCACCGGCGCCAACGUCAAGGUCUCGCUCAACGGAGCCUGCGGCGCCGCGAACGGCGGAACCACCUGCGCCGGCUCGGCCUUUGGGAACUGCUGCUCCCAGUACAACUACUGUGGCAGCACCACUGCCCACUGCGGUACUGGUUGCCAGUCCAGCUUUGGUACUUGCUGUGAGUAA